AUGGAAUCAACAUAAUAUAAACACAAUCUUGCAAAACAUUAUGGGAUUAUGGGUGACAGCCCUAAUAAUAACGAACGUGAUUCGUGCUGUUUUAGAUGCUACAAAAAUCAGUCUACAGUAAAAAUGAAAUUUGAUCAUUAUGUUAUUUUCCCAUGAACAUAGAAAUGCAAGCAGUGCAUUUACACACAUUUCCAACAUGUGUGUUUUACGUGCUUCUUUUGCUUGUGUGUCAUCAUGAAAUUAAGUAUAAAUAAGUUUCAUGAAGUCUUUCCAUCAAUCGAGUCUCCUCUGUUGACGAACACUCAAGUAGUGCCUAACUGCUCAUCGUGCUCCUCGUGCUCAUCGUGCUUCUCGUGCUCCUCGUGCUGCUUACUCACUUCGCAAAAUGUCACAAUCAGAUAAUAAACGGGUGGCAUCCUGGGACUCUGAGUCUGAGCCCUCGGACUUCGGAGAACAGCCUCCACCACAACCCGCAAAGAAGGCGAAAAAAUCAGCCAAGGCGGAAACACCUUCGGCCACCUCUAAAUCAAAGAAAAAGACGUCCACUAGUGGCACAACCAAGUCUGCGAAAUCGCUUUCGAGCGAAUUAUUCGGCGACGACUCCGACGGACCGUGCCCCGAGCCAGUCCCGAAAGCGUCGCCGCUGUGGUCGUCCCUGGCCCGCAGAGUCGCUGAUGGCGUGACGCGCCAGGUCGAGCUGGUCGAAGAGGGGGAGAUCUUCUUCGAUGUCAAGGUGUUUAACAACUGCGACAUCAUCGACCUGGAUCCUCGUCAGCGGGCUGAAAAGUGGACUGCACAGUUGCGCUUGAGGGUGAAGCCCAACGAUCCGCUCUGGGUGCAAUUAAAAAAAAUUGCAAGGGACGCAAAGCGGCGGUUCCACAAGGACCCAAUAUUUUAUAAGAACAAAUAG